AUGGAGGAGCACCUAAAGAGACCGAAGAACGCCGAAGGACAUGGAAGCUUAAAUCACCCUUAUGAUGUCUGGACUCUGGAGAUCCAAGCUGCAGGAAAUGGUGCCAGUGGUUCAGGGUUCACUUCUGAAGUGGAUUUUGUUAUCGAUAACCGGAAAAGUGACAGGUUGGGCUUCAAGUGCCUGGAAAGAUAUCUUGAACCCGGUACUACUUCAUCUCUAGAAUCCUACGAUCAUCCUGCCAGAUCACCUUCUCCGCCUCCAUCGCCUCCUCUACGUCCUCUCUUCGAUCAUAAUCCCUGGAACAAUGUUCCCCAUGGCGAUGAGCCCGACCCAGAUCCGCGGAACAACUUUACUACAUUCGAGUUUACCAGCAAUGGUGGCGGUGGCAGAGUAUCGUUCAGUACAAGAUCUUUCGUAACGGGCGGUGCUGGGCCAAAUGCUCGAGGCAUGCCGCCACCACUGGGUGCCUUCUCACCUUUUGCUGCUUUUGCUGGACCUCAACAACCUGGCUUUGGGAACUUCCCAGGAAGGGAUCCCCAUGCUCCUCCUCAAGGCGCAAAUCUUCAAGAUUUAUUUUCCAUGAUUCUACAAUCAAUGCAGCAACCAGCCCCGCCUCCUGGCUUUGGCCAACAUGGACAACCCGACCACGAUGGGAUUCGUGGUCAAGCACAAGUCCCGUACCCUUUCGACCUUCUCCAUCAAAUCUUCAAUCCUGGAGGUGGCCGACACGGGGAUAUGGUCUUUUCUCAAGACGCAUUUGACCGGGUCAUGUCUCAAUUGAUGGAGCAGAACAACAGUAGUAAUGCUCCCCCGCCUGCGUCAGAGGAUGCGAUUGAAAGUCUAGAGAAGAAAAAGAUUGACAUGGAGAUGAUGGGAAACGACGGUAGUGCUGAAUGUUCGAUAUGCAUGGAUGAUGUUCCAUUGGGCUCCGAGGUUACCGUUCUUCCGUGUAAACACUGGUUCCAUGGUGGGUGUGUGACAUCGUGGUUGAUAGAACAUGAUACAUGUCCACACUGCCGGAAACCCAUUCAGGAACAUGGUCCAGAUCAACAGUCAGAUCCAUCACAACCAAGAACUGCCAAUCGGCGACCAUCAUCUGUCUCAAGUCCACGGGCUCCGACCACGGAAGGAACUAGACACAACCCAAUCAACAUUCCUGAAAGCCCUAGUGAACUUCGAGACGCGAGGAGACAAUAUUAUGGGGCUCGAAAUGAUGGCUCAACAGAGCAACAGAACAGCCGGCAAUACUCCACCAGUCAUGAGUCACGCAGGCCGGGAUCAGGGAAUAACAAUGGAAACAGUGAGGCAAAUCGAAGUCCAACCAACGGGGGAGUGACAGGCUGGCUUCGAGACCAUAUGCCUUUCUCGUGA